UGCUGCCUUAGGACCAAAUGUUACCAAAAUUACUCUAGAGUGUUUUAUUGCAUGGAAGAGAAGAAAAAGACAAGAAAAAAUUGAUAAGGCUGAGCAAGAUAUGGAGAGAAGGAAAGCAGAUUUUAAAGCUGGCAAGGCAUUAGUGAUCAGUGGACGUGAAGUAUUUGAGUUCCGCCCAGAGCUGGUUGAUGCAGAUGAUGAAGAAGCAGAUGACACCCAUUAUAUUCAAGGAACGGGAGAAGAUGAUGAGAUGGAAGACCCUGUAUGUAUAAAUGAUGUAGAUUUGAACCUGUAUGUCCCAAAGGCUGUAGAUGAGACUGGUAUUACUGUGGCUAGUCCUGAGCGAUUCAGCACAUACAGUUCAAUAGAAAAAGAUGAUAAUAAAUUAAGUGAAGCUUCUGGUGGUGAUAUAAACAGCAGUGAGCAAAAUGACUUGGAGGAAGAUAAUGAUGGAGAUGAGGAGUUGGAAAAUGGAGUAAUCGAUGCAGUUCCAGUUGAUGAAAAUCUUUUCACUGGAGAGGACUUGGAUGAACUAGAAGAAGAACUAAACACUCUUGAUUUAGAAGAAUGAAUUAAAAAGUUCAAGUGAGGAAUUAAAUCUGUGACAAAAUG